AUGGUUGACAAAGAUCAUAAGAGAUUUAUGAAAGGAAAUCGUAGUAUAAAUGAUGUUCAUCACAGGUUUGUUGAAGAUUGCACCAAAGCUAACAUUGGUCCUACUUCAACUUUCAACUUAUUAAAGGAGUUUUUUGGUGGUUAUGAUGUUGUUGGGUGUACGUUGAAUGAUGUUAGGAAUUGUUCUCGUGAUAUAAAAGAGAAACUGAAACAAUUAGUGAGCUUAUUUUGGUCUGAUGCUGAGUCUCGGAAACAUUACCAUAUGUUUGGAGAUGUUGUAGCAUUUGAUACAACAUAUUCGACAAACAGGUAUCGUAUGGUGUUAGGUCCAUUUACUGGGAAAGACAAUUUUAUUAAGGAGUUUAGGUCUUGUGUUUGGUCAGAAUUGUUAGAUGACAUUGACAUAUUAUGGACUGAUAUUGUUGAAAAAUAUGGUGUGGAGAUCAUAAAUGGUUUAAGGACAUACUUCACUCUUCAGUAUAAUAAUGCCAUUGAUGCUCAAAGGAAUCAAACUGAAAGGCUUGACUAUUAUGAUUCUAUAAUCUCUCCAAAAUAUGUCAUUGAUUUAGCAUUUGAGAAGCAAUUGACAUCUGUAUACACGGAUAGGAUCCACCUUUUCUUCGUCCUCAGAAAGAAAGAUGUCAACAAUAUUCCAGAGAAAUAUGUUGGUAACCGGUGGCUGAAAAGUGAAUUAUUGAAGGCAGUUCAUGGUCUCACGAGUGAUGAAAGUGCGUCUGACAAAGGUUCAAACAAAGAUGACAAACUACAUAUUGGUAACAGGUGUCAUGGACGUUACUUUGGUCUACAUCAACGCGCUUUUAGGAAUAAAAAUCAUCUGAUUGCUUUGGAUAAUGUGCUUGCGGGUAUUGGUCCUCAAAUUUUUACCGAUGACACUACUGGAUCGUCGUUAGUUGAUAAAAAUGAUUCAAUCAUGAACAUAUAUGGUGUUGUUGUACCUGAAGAAAUAACUGCACAUGCUCCAGAUGUGGUUAGUUCAAAGGGAGGUGCAAGUGACAAGAAAAGCAUGAUUAAGUCAAGCAUAGAGAAAGCAAUUGAAAAAGCAAAUAAACUUCAUAGGCGUUGUGCAAAGUGUCAUAAAGUGACUGAUCAUAAUGCCAGAAGUUGUGGCAAAAAGCAAACAUAA